AUGAAGACGUCUGACAUCCUCUACCUGCUUGCUCAUCCCAAUCAAUUGAGGGCGAUCAUUCAAUGGUAAUUUUUCUACUCCCACCCUACUUCAUCCCCUACUUUCGGCUCUGCUCGCACGGGGCAUACGUAAGCUAAACCUCUCUUCUCAAUAUUUUUUUAUAGGAAAGUCUGGCAUAGCCCACUUCAUGAACGGAGGAUUGAGAACGAGUCCCCCACCCUGAAAAGAUGCUUCCAGUUCUUGGACCUCACAUCGCGGUCUUUCAGUGCUGUUAUUCAGGAGCUGUGCCCUGAGCUUUGCGUCUCGGUGGCACUAUUCUACCUUAUCCUGCGAGGUCUCGACACCAUUGAGGAUGACAUGACCAUUCCGCUAGAAGUCAAGGAGCCCCUUUUGCGCUCUUUCGACGAGAUUCUCGACAGGGAGGGGUGGACUUUCGACGGCAAUGGGCCCAAGGAGAAGGAUAGACAGCUCCUCGUCGAGUUCAGCUGUGUGAUUGAGGAGUUUGCCCUGUUGUCCGAGAACCAUCGGGUGAUUAUCAAGGACAUUACCAAGAAGAUGGGGAACGGGAUGGCCGACUACGCCAACAAUGCCGAGCAUAAUGUUAACGGAGUCAACACAAUUGCUGAUUACGACCUGUACUGCCAUUACGUUGCCGGUUUGGUUGGUGAUGGGUUGACACGCCUUUUUGUUGACACCGGGAAAGCCAACCCGGCUCUCCUCGACCGACCCCAUCUGAUCAACUCGAUGGGUCUUUUCCUUCAAAAGACUAACAUCAUUCGUGAUUACAGGGAGGAUCUCGACGAUAAACGACGAUUCUGGCCCAAGGAGAUCUGGACGAAGCAUAUCGAAAAAUUUGAGGAGUUGCCUUUACCGGAGAAGGAGGAGAUGGCUUUGAAUUGUAUCUCUGAGAUGUGUUUGAAUUCUCUCCAACAUGUCGAUGAAUGCUUGUUCUAUCUUGCUGGAAUCAAGGAUCAGAGCGUGUUCAAUUUUACCGCUAUUCCCCAGGUCAUGGCGAUUGCUACCCUGGCCCUGGUGUUCCGGAAUAAGGAUGUCUUCCACAAGAACGUGAAGAUUCCUAAGGGUGAGGCCUGUGAACUUAUGAUUGAGGCUGGAAACCUGCGAUCUACUUGUGGCAUCUUCCGGAAAUAUAUGAAGAUCAUUCACAAGAAGAAUACCCCUAAAGAUCCCAACUAUCUUAAUAUCAGCGUCACCCUUGGCAAGGUUUGUACCCGCCCCCUUGAUGCAAGUCUGAUCACUCUUGCUUACUGCGAAUAUAGGUUGAGCAAUUCAUUGAGUCCAUCUUCCCAACUCCAGCUGAGCACAAAGCUGUUGCGGAGCGUGCGCAGAUGCGCACCGCGGGUGAGACGCCAGAGCAAGCAGCGGCGGCAAGGAAGGAGAUGAUGUUCUUGAUUGGCGCCAUUGUUGCGACCUUGAGCGUAAUCUCUGGAAUAAUGGUAAGUUCAUAUGCGAGCAUCCUGCCUCCCUUAGAUGUGCUAAUUGGGAUUCAAGAUCUUCGUUGCCUGGUUAAUGGGAGCCCGGUUCGACAUUGCUUUCCAAGAACUCCGGAAGGGCAACUUCAGACCCCCAGAGUACAAUCCGGCUGCCGGCGCUCCUCAUGGCGAGCUCUGAUUCGUUCACUCCAAUCUAUUUUGGUAUACUAUCUUUUUUUAAUCGCGUUUGGAUAUCUUUGGAAAGCCGGUGAAAUGAUAGAGGCGCUAUACAUACUUCCUUGCAUGAGCCAUUUGACGUUCGAUCUGUUUUCUCAAAUGCUAACGAAUCUUUUUCGCAAUGUCAAUUGGUGAUGUACACCCCCCUGUCUUUUUUUCUUCUUUUUUUUUUGUAAUGCUGUGGGUUUCCUAUUUCCUUUACGGCAGUUUGGGAAUGGAAAGUGUCGGAUCCGGGCACUGCGUUUUGUUUGAUGCCCCGCGCCCUAGUCGUUUGUGCCCGUCUAGAGGUUGGGCUGGGCUGAAUCAAAGAAUUGGGGCGUUUGAUGAGAAUAAUAAACGAGAUAAUCUUUGCUUUGUUUUUGUUUACUCCUCAUUAUGGCAAGAUGUGAUAAAGCACAUGUCAAAUUGCAAUUCAGCAUUUUUCACUUGCUGCGGUUGUGCCGAAAACGUGCUUAUAUUGAUGUGUGAUUUCUCGUUGACGAG